AUGUCCAUCGACAGGCUGUGGCUCCUGGGCGCAGGCUCAGUCACUGCAUUGGCAUAUCUCGCAGUACGACUUGUACACCACCGUUCAAAGUAUCGUGAUCUGCCAUGCCCGCCACAUUCGAUGAUCUGGGGCCAUUUGAAACUCAUUGGCGAGUACGUUGAGAAACUGCCCCGGGGAAUACACAUGCAGUCAGUCAUCUCGGAGCUCAAAGCAGACUACGAUCUUCCUGAUGUCUUUUACAUCGACCUCUGGCCUCUUGGCCCGCAAUUCAUUUUCUGCGUCUCUCCCGAGGCCUGCGCUAUCCCGACGACCGAGAACACAUUUGACAUGCAUGAAGAGGUCGCCAAAUUUUUAAGGGGCAGCGUUGGCGCCAGUUUCAUCGAAGGGACGAAUGGACCUCUCUGGAAACAUCUGCAUCAGACGCUUGCGCCUGGGCUUACCCCAAGUGUUAUACGAGGGAACCACGGCUCUAUUAUUGAGCAAGCUGCGACUCUUCGCCAUCGCUUCUCGGAAAUAGCCAAGUCUGGCAAGGUUACCGAUAUACGCCACGAGCUUGGAUACUAUCCAUUUCAAGUGAUGGUAAAGAUUCUCUUGAAUGAAACGCUCAACACGCAAAUCUACGACGACGUUAAGAGCGCUAUCGACCUCCAGGGAGAGAUUAAUGCUACAAACAACCCUUUUGCGAAGUGGCGCUUUGGCAGGGAAGCGAAGCGUUUGUGGAAACGCAUAGAGACAGCUAUCGAGCCGAAAAUAAGGGCUCGAUUUACUGCCCUUCAACAACAGGAUGUUGCUCCAACCAAGAGCAGUGUCACAUGCCUAUUGGAUAGAAUGAUGCUAUCAGAGGUUCAAAGUGGGCAUUCUUUGGGGAAUAACACCAUGAGGAUAAUGCUCGACAAGUACGGCGGUCCCCUUUCCGAAUCGUCAAUCGUACAUUACAUAUUGAUGCUUCUCAGCGUGUUCCCAGAUGCGCUCCAGAAGUUACGAGAGGAGCACGACCGGAUUUUUGACAAGGACCAUGACAAGACAGUCCAGAUGCUUCAAGAGCAGCCCGGGCUCAUCAAUAACCUAGCAUAUACUACGGCAGUCGUCAACGAGACACUGAGACUGUUCACCGUGGGCUUUAGUGUUCGCGCGGCGCCAUCUGGCAUGCCGACCAUGGAAUACAAGGGCCGAUCAUAUCCCUUGAAAGACCACCUCGUCUCCAUUUCCCAGCAGACAAUGCAUUACAACCCCAAGUACUUUGAUGAGCCGACACUAUUCAAGCCAGAGCGUUUCAUCUCGGCAGAACCAAGUUUUCCUCGUAACGCAUACCGGCCCUUUGAAAAGGGUCUGCGAUCUUGUCUCGGCCAGCCACUGGCCAUGGACGAAAUGAAGAUUCUGCUUGUCAUGGUGGCGCGGUGGUUUGACUUUGAAUUAAGAGAGCACAAUCCCUCGGACAAGCCAAAGUAUUCGUACACCGACCUGGAUACAAAAUUGGGCGACCAUGCUAUUCAAUCUUGGGCUUUUACGGCAGGGCCGGCUGGCAGGGUCAUGAUGAAGGUUACGGAGAGGUGA